AACAAACCCAAUUCCUUCAACGCUUUCGACAUCGCCAAAAACAAAAGAAGAAAACAAAAAAAAAAGCUCGCCUCCAGUCAUCAAGCCUCCCCUUCUUUCUGUUAGCUUGCACUCAGCGCAAUCUCCAUCUUCGUUCACAUGCAUCACAUGCCCAGGCUAUCAUGAAGUAAACCAACCAGCCAUAACAAGCUCAAGCGAUCUUAGCUUAGUUACACAUCCCCUGCUAAGUAACCCGAGACAGGCCUCACAACAUUCAUCAUUAUGUCGUCGCUUCAAGUCAGAGGGCCGGAUUUUUCGGCCACAAAGCAGAAAGCGAUUGAAGAUGCAAAGAAAAUGCAAAAAGUGGUUGCCGAGCAGUGCUCAAAAGUCGGAAAGGAUCCUCCACAGUAUCGACUUUCAGAGCUUAUUGGCAAAGGCAGUUUUGGCCGGGUCUACAAGGCCACCUCUCUAACAACGAAUCAGCUGGUUGCCGUCAAAAUCAUCGACAUUGAAGAGAGUGACACAGUUAACCCGAAACUCGCCGAUACAUAUAGCGACUUGCUCAAGGAAAUCAGUGCCCUGCAACUGCUCAGCAAUAGUGGCGCCAAGAACAUCAAUCAUGUUAUCGAUGCUCUUCCUGUCGGGCAGUCCAUGUGGAUGAUUACAGAAUAUUGCGCUGGAGGCAGCGUGGCUACCCUCAUGAAACCAACCUCACCGGGUGGCCUUCAGGAAAAAUGGAUUAUUCCAAUUUUGCGCGAAGUAGCCGAAGCUGUCUACUGGGUUCAUGGUCAGGGUAUUAUCCACAGAGACAUCAAGUGUGCCAAUAUCUUGGUCACGGAGGAAGGAAACGUCCAGCUUUGUGACUUUGGAGUUGCUGGUGUUAUUGAAACCAAAUUUGACAAGCGCUCAACGGUCAUUGGUACACCCCAUUGGAUGGCCCCGGAACUGUUCGACCCUGCGGCAUCUUAUGGUACUGAGGUGGAUAUAUGGGCUUUUGGCGCCAUGGUCUAUGAAAUUGCAUCGGGUCUACCACCAAGCGUAGCUGCAGGCAUGAUGGACUUCAACAGACUAGGCUCAUACCUCAAACAACACAUCCCUCGACUUGAUGGCGACCGAUAUUCCCAAGGGUUGAAAGACCUCGUGGCGUACUGCUUGGUUGAUGACCCUAAGAAACGCCCACCAAUUGAACAAAUCCAGAGACACCGUUACAUAUUCAACACGCAGGAUGCUUAUCCUGCUUCGAGCUUGGCACACUUGGUUAGAGGCUACAAGUUGUGGGAAGCUCAAGGUGGUGUUCGCAAGUCCCUCUUCUCCGCGGGAGGAGCCCAGGGCCCAUCUGACCUCGCUAACUUGGCCUUGGACAAUGAUGAGUGGAACUUCAGUACAACCGCUGCGUUCGAUCAACAGGUGCUCCAAACUGGCGACGCUCAAGCUGUGUUUGAUGUCUAUGGCUCCAACGUCGACUUCAAGCAGGAUGAAUUCGACGAUGCUUCUAGAACCCAAAAACCGAAAUCACGUCGACGUCCGCCACCUCACCUUCCUUCCGUCAAAGCACCGCUGGAAAAGCUAUUUGACCCAAAUACGAUAUCGAACUACGAGGACAACUCACGAGCAUAUUAUGGCCGUCCGUUUCCUCCGCCUGUUGCCGAUUUCACCCCUCCACCCCCGCCUCCUGCGUCGGAUUUACCUCUAAGAGACGACUCAUCUCAGUCUCCUGGAGUGAGAGAAUCCCUGAUUGAUCUUGACAUGUCCCUAGACGGUAGCAAUCUCUCCGAGUUUGUUGACCUGAACACAAUUAGAGCUGGAGAUCCCAGGGCAUCGACCGACUAUGACUUUGGAGAUGUCUCCUACAACAAACCACCACUUAGUGACCCGGCAGAUAUGAUGAACAACAACCGCAGAACACGAGAUUGGAAGUUCCCUUCCAUGGCCCCUCCCGCCUCAGCAAACCCGGAAAUGUUCAGAUUUCCGUUCAACGAUGACCAAGGGCCAAGUACCAGCCGCCUGAUCCACCCUCCGACAGAGCCAAUCCAGCCUUCGGCGCAGUUCAAUGACCUUGCGGUUCCCUCACCAGUCAACAACCGAGCGUCAUCAGGCAGUCUCAUUGACUUGGACAUGGGUCUAGCUGAUCCCAUUCCUAUGAGCGACUAUACAAGGCCGUCCACAUCACACUCGGACGUAGGAUCCUUGGCUGGCUCGGAGUUAGGAGGGGCUGAUCCUUUCCAGCUAGAAAAGCACGCCUCUCUUUACCUUAUGCCCAGCAGUAUACGUGAACCAUCCAUCUAUGUAUCUGAUGAUUCUGAGUUUGCAAAUGCCGUUGCGGACCUCUCGCUGAAUAACACCCAGCGACAUGAUCCUCAGAUGUCCUAUCAGCAAACACAGGUUCCCCUGUAUCAACCCCAGGGACAACCCCAAUCUUCCCAGACCGACGGGAGCACCCCGAGUGAAAGGCCCUACUCCCUUAGCGAGUUCGCCGAUACUGACCCUGAAUCUUUUACUCAAACGCUUGCCGCCCCUGAACUUCAACCUCCUCCACUUCGGCCUCAACUAGAUCGGCCACCAGUUCGGGACGAGUUCCCUCGAUCUUAUCAACAACAACAGCCAUCCCUCCCACCUGCACCUACUGCACCCUCACCCCAAGUUAUGGAAGGCCAGGCCUCAUCAGAACAUGUCAAGGAGGAGCUUCGACGCAUGGCCAUGAGCCUAAGUGAUCAUCUCAGCCACGCGAAUACAUACUUGUCGGGUCUUCCACUUCGAAGAGCGAGCACAACAAGGAUGGAGUCUAUUGAGACCCCUUGAAAACGUUCACGAAUGUAUAUGGGAACUCUGAAUAUGACCCCGCAUGACCUUGGCGUUUGGAAAUGGCUUCCCGUUACAUUGACAAUCGGUUAAAAGCUGGAUAUUGUGCAAUACAAGAUAUGGCCAUAAUAAACCAUGAAUAGAAUGUUCAAAAUUUUCCCUCAUUGACCAAGCUCUUGCAUUUAGCUUAUUGGAAUCCGACCAGGUCUCCCAUUAGCAAAGCUUGGUACCUUUCGAUGGCCUCUCCCAACCUGAUCAGAACUCCUGCCGCCAGCAUUUUGACCUCAUUCUCCUCCCCACCAUCCUCUCCUCUAGUCUUCUCGAACACCAUUGCGACCCAUUCUCUUGUCUCCAUCACCUCUCUGCCUUGGGUUUCACAAAGUCGACGCAUGUCGCCGCCAUUCACUUCCAGCAGGGACGCCAUAGCCACGAGCCACCCUUUCAUGGCGCCGAGAUCGCCAAAAACAUGCACACGAACGCCCAGAAGCAGAUCCCAUAGCUCCGCAGUUAACUGUGGCAGCGAAAGUGUGGAAGGCCCAGCGGCGUGAACAACAAUGCCUAACGUCUGUAGGUAGAGUGCCAGAAGGGCAUGGUUGAGUAUGAUUGGUUUGGCAGAACGGAGCGCGACCUGGAAAUGCGCUGUGAGUGGGGAGAAGAAGGACGUCGCAAGCAAAGCGGCAGUCGUAUUGGGGAUAGCACGCAUACGAGGUUUGGAAAUAGACUUGGACUUGUAGCGGGCCGUGAAGCUUUGAAGCUUCAAAACAUCAGGGCCUGUAUUGGCAUCGGCUGCUUCUGCAGUAAGUGGGGCAAGGAAUGAAGAUGUCAGCAACUGUGAGAUAUUCUCAAGAGCAGUUGAUGGUAGUGCUUUCAGCUGGGACGACGGUAGGGUGCUGCUGUCAUUUCCUGAGCCGAUAUAAAGUUGCUCCAUCUUUUCAGGUAGCCGCUUCGAGGGGAAGGCAGCAGCCGACUGGUGCUGAGAUACUUCGAAACCCGCCAGUUCUCGGGCUGACAGACCCAACGUGAUGAGUAUUGAUGUCCGUUGUUGGAGGGAAUAGUCGCCCUCGAAGAAAGUUCGAGCAAGCCAUGGGGCCAUAGUCUUAGGUUGAGAGACAACAAGCGCUACCAUACCGUGCAACCGCAAAUCAUCGAAAUUUUCGAUCUCAAACUUGUCUUGUAUACCCACCAAAAGCCCAGCCAACUCAUAAGCGUGGAAACUCACCUCUGCUCCAUAAUUGGCCUUGCGUCUGAUGAGAAUUGGAGCCGUCUGUAAAGCGAGCACCUGUUUGUCGUAUGACUCAGAGUCUCUGAGAUACGAUAUGAGAUCUCUGAUGUAAACUGGCG